AUGUUUUACAAGUGCCUCGAGGAGGCACAGGGCGUUGCGCGCUCAUCGCUCUUUGGGCCCGUCGUGCGCAAGGAGGCGGUGCAGGGCAUGUUCCUGCUCGCGGCGUGGGGCACGAAUGGCUGGCUGCCUAGCGGGCACGCGAUGCGCAUGGCGCUCAACCUCGGGCUGCACCGCGCGCUCGAGAAUCUCACUGACCACGAGAGCGCGAAGAAGCGCAUGGAGGAAGAGGAGCGCGCGGAGGAGGAGGAGCGCAUCCUCGGCAUGCCGGUAUUACAACGCGCGACCGCGUUCGUGGCAUCCCCGCACUCUCCCGCACGUCUCACACACACCCGCGCUCUGUUCUAA